AUGGGGUUCAUGAUAUUUUGUUCUAGGGUUCUCUUCUUGAUGUUCUUGUUGGUAUGGUGCAUGGAAGAAGCUGAAGGUGAUGAAUCCAAAACUUUCAAUGUCAUGGAAUAUGGUGCUGUUGCAGAUGGCAAAACAGAUAACAGUCAGGCUUUACUGAAAGCUUGGAGCGAAGGAUGCCAAUGGUCUAAUGGAAAGGCUAGAGUUUUGAUUCCCACUGGGAGUUACAUGUUGAAUUCAGUGCAAUUCUCGGGUCCAUGCAAAGCUCCAAUAGCCUUUGUUAUUAAAGGGACUCUGAAGGCUCCAACUUAUUUACCAAAUAGUAAUAAUGGCAAUUGGAUCAACUUCAGAUACAUAGACCAAUUGACUGUAAGUGGAGGGGGUAUUUUGGAUGGUCAAGGACAUUCAGCUUGGCCUCACAAUGACUGCAGCAAAAAUUCCAAUUGUCCUAUUUUUCCCAUUGUAAGUUCUUUCUCUUUUUAA